UUGCAUUAUGUAGAAACUUAACACCACAGACCACCUCGCUGACCUGUCUUCUCUUUUCUUCUUCCUUGCAAAAAUAGCAAAAUUUGUCCUUCUGCACUAUUAAUUUUCCCCUCUCUCCGUCGAUCCAAAACCCUAGAAUUUUCAAUUUGUCCAAAUUCCCCAUCAACUUUCAAUCUCACAAAGUUCUUUUGAUUUCAACUGCAGUUUAAAUCCACCAAUUUAAAAUUUCAUCGCCGGAUCACGAACUCUAAUUUCAUCUAAUUUAUUUUUUUUCUUUUGCUAAAUUUACAUCUUAGAAAGCUUAAUUAAACAAACUUUGUGAAUUUUUACGAACCGGGUUUGAUUAAUUGGGAAAUAAACAUUGUAAUUGAUCGAUUUUGUUUUGUUUUCGGGAGAUAAAAAAUGGAUUCGAGCAGGAGAGCAGUGGAAUCAUAUUGGAGAUCGAGGAUGAUCGACGGCGCAACUUCCGACGAAGAUAAAGUAGCGCCGGUUUAUAAAUUAGAAGAAAUUUGUGAGCUUCUAAGGUCUUCUCAUGUUAGCAUUGUUAAAGAAGUUUCUGAGUUUAUUUUAAAGAGGCUUGAACAUAAAAGCCCUAUGGUCAAACAAAAGGCUCUGAGGUUGAUAAAGUAUGCAGUGGGAAAGUCCGGUGUAGAGUUCAGGAGGGAAAUGCAAAGACAUUCUACUGCAGUACGGCAGUUAUUUCAUUAUAGAGGUCAGGCGGAUCCUUUGAAGGGUGAUGCUCUUAAUAAGGCUGUGAGGGACACAGCCCAUGAGACUAUCUCUGCUAUUUUCUCGGAGGAGAAUAAGGCAGCCCCUGCAGAUGAUCUUAACAAAAGGAUACAAGGAUUUGGUAAUACAAAUUAUGAAAUGCCGACAGAGGAUAGGAAAUCGUUUCUUAGUGAGGUAGUUGGUAUUGGAAGUGCUUCUAUUAAGCAGGGCAUUAGUAGCUUUACGCAAGGCCAUUCACUAAAGAAGAAUGACAAUGGAGGCUACAAGGGUCCUACUCUUCGAAGGUCCUUGACCAUAGAAAAUGACAACUCAGAUAGAUAUGAACCAGUUCAGUUACAUAAUGAAACUCAGGGUACUUAUGGAGUUCCAAAGAGUGGGACUACUAGUGGACCUUGGGGCCAGGAAACUAGGGUAUUGAGUGCAGGGACGAAAAAUGAGGAGUCUAAUUCAAGUUACACGCAGAGUAAGACUCGUGAGGAGAGAUUGUUGGAGACUAUUGUAACACCUGGCGGUGUACGUCUGCAACCCACCCGUGACGCUAUUCAAGUUUUUCUAGCAGAAGCAGUAAAGCUAGAUGCAUUGGUCUUGAGUCGAGCCCUUGAAUCUAAGCUCCAAUCUCCUAUGUGGCAGGUUCGUGUCAAAGCUCUGUGUGUGCUUGAGUCUAUCCUGAGGAAAAAGGAUGAUGAUCAUUUUGCAAUUAUUGCUUCAUAUUUCAUUGAAAAUAACAAUACUGUAAUUAAAUGCUCUGAGUCUCCUCAAUCUUCUCUCAGAGAAAAAUCUAUGAAGGUGUUGAGUCUCUUAGGUGGCGAACAGGCAGGGGGCUUGACUAGCAAGUCAGUAAAGGCUGAGACGCCUCCCGUGCAGAUGCCUGACUUAAUAGACACUGGAGAUGCAAAUGAUUUUUUCGGAACAGAUGAUCCUACAAUGAGGCCAAGUGACCAGGCAGGAAAUCUGACGGCACCUACAACGAGUCCGUUAAUAGAUGAUCUAUUUGGAGAUGGUUAUGGUCCUGGUGUAAGCUCGAGCGAGCAGAAAAGUGAGGAUGAUCCAUUUGCAGACGUCUCAUUUCACCCCAGCGAGAGUAAAGAACAUCGAGAUGAUCUCUUUUCUGGGAUGACUUUUGAUGGUAAACAGGAUACAAGUGAUAAUCAUCUGUCAACAAUAAAAAAUGCACAAGAGCCGUUUGAUAUUUUUGGGUCAAUUUCCGAACUUCCAUUGGAGCAAGAAAAUCAUAAAACAGAUGUUAAUAAUUUAAUGGCUGGAAUGUCCAUAAAUGAAAAUGUCCUAAAGGAAAAGCUCCCGGAAAUUGCUUCUGGGGUUCUUCCAGAAAAUAUCUUUUCAGUGCCGACUAAUCUUUCUGGACAUCAGCUACCUAAUGAUGCUUUAACUAGCAUACUUGGUUCACAAGUGUCUGGGAUGAAUGUGAAUCCAGUGUUUCCUUCUGGUAGUAUGCCAUACAAUGUACCUCCGGGCCUUAUGUUAAACCCAGCUUUUCAUACUCAGCCAAUAAAUUACGGUGCCAUGGGGAAUUUUCUUGCUCAACAGCAAUUUCUGGCUACAAUGUCCAACUUUCAACAUUUAAGUACCCUCAAUGCGCAAAACUCUGGAGUUGGUCAUGCUGUUGGCACUAAUGGAGGUGAAUAUUCGUCGGCUCUUCCUGAUAUUUUCCAACCAAGUUAUCCAAAUCAAGCUCCUGCUUCUACUGUGAACAAUUCUAAGAAAGAAGAUACCCGUGCAUUUGAUUUUAUCUCGGAUCAUGUUGCAGCAGCCCGUGAUUUAAAACGGGUGGUUUAAGUCCGAGCUUGUAGAGCUCAACCAUGACAGGGCGAAUAUAGCAGAACAGGUAAAACAUUUUUGGCCAAUAAUGAGCUGUUGGUACCAUGGCGUGCUUCCAAGAAAAUAGGAUUACGAAUGAUGGUGUGGGGAUAUCCCGGAACUAGAUAUCUAUACUUCAGAAAGAGAGAUGUUAUGGCUUUCAGUGUUUCUAUUCAGUCAAUUGUAUCUUCUUUUGCAAUGGAUUUGUGAAGCAUUUGGUGUUUUUCUUUUUCUUUUUUCAGGUUGGUUUUGUAUUUCCCCACUCUCACAACAAUGCUACUGGUACAUGUAUUUGAACAUAUUUAAUAAUAAGGCAGUGUUGUUUCUCUAAA